AUGAAUGACAUACAAGAAAAAUUUAUUUUGAAUGUAGGCGAUACAAACGUCCAUAGAAUUGUUCAGAAAUACGUGGAAAAUCAUGAAAAUUCAAACGAUUAUAUCGCAAAUCCCAAUGUGUUGGAUGAGUAUUUCUGCAAUGAUGGAAAAAUAUCAAUUAUUAGUGMUGUUUCAGAUAAUUUUAAGGACGUCCAGAGGAAAAAAUCAGCACAAUCUGAUAUUGAAGACAGUGGUGAAUUAUUAUCGUACCACGAGAAGAAUAUACAGUUAGAAACAAUCGAAAAAGAGUUCAAGGGAUUAAAUAUAAAAAAUGAAUUACUCACUGAUCAAGUUCAAAUAAUCACCGAUCGRAACAAGUUAAGUAACGAUCAAAUAAAGUCGAUCAAAGCUGAAAUACACAAGAUUCAAACCGAAAUCGAAAUUAUGCACGACAGGAAGACAAAUAAAGAAUUGGAAAACGCUGCUUACUUUAAAGCCAUCGUAGACAAAAUGGUGGAAAUCCAUUGCCAUAUCGACCAAUUUACAGAGGUAGUAAACGGUUUGAAGCUCGAGCUAGAAGAUGCGUGUGAAAAUAAAAAAACGAUUACAGAGAUAAUGGAAGUGUCAGAGUAUUUGAGAGCCUAUUAUUUUAUGCGAGUGACCGAAGACCAGAGAAAUUUUACUGAACAAAUAAGUAAACACGCGAGCGAAAUCGAUCAGUUAAAAACGUUUGCGGAUAUUAAAACUAAAGAAGUAGAUAUGCUGAGAGAACGUGCUAAUGAACAAAAACUUUCCAUUGAUUCUAAUGAAAAAUCGAUGAAAUACAUUACCGAUAAGAACAGUUUAUAUGUGGCUUUGCGUGGCGCAUUGGCUGUUACCGAUUGCGGAAUGCGACUAGAAGUAAGUAACGGCGACAGCCACUAG